AUGGCCGGUGUAUCAGUUAGAGACGUCCCAGCUCAAGAUUUCAUUAAUGCUUAUGCUCAAUUUUUACAACGUCAAGGUAAAUUAGAAGUUCCAGGUUACGUUGAUAUUGUUAAAACCUCAGCUGGUAAUGAAUUACCACCACAAGAAGCUGAAACUUGGUUCUACAAAAGAGCUGCUUCAGUUGCUAGACACAUCUACUUAAGAAAACAAGUUGGUGUUGGUAAAUUAAACAAAUUAUACGGUGGUGCUAUUAACAGAGGUUUCAGACCACACAGACACGCUGAUGCUUCAGGUUCCGUUAACAGAAAAGUUUUACAAUCAUUAGAAAAAAUUGGUGUCUUAGAAAUUUCUCCAAAAGGUGGUAGAAAAAUCUCUGAAAACGGUCAAAGAGAUUUAGAUCGUAUUGCUGCUCAAACUUUAGAAGAAGAUGAUGAAUAA